UGAAGGCGCAUGCGCCGUGUUUCCUCGGUAAUUGGGCCGUUUCUGUUCUGUUUGAGAUUUCCCCAGGCGCCCCGGGCGCCCCAGGUGACUCCAUCACUGCCUCACCGUGUUCUCUUCCGCGCCUGAGCAAGUGUGCGGAGUUCGCCUUCCUUCCCGCUAGCCGCGUCCGCCUUCCCGCCGCGGCCGACCGUCAGGGAAAAGGGAAGCAGUUGAUUGUGCCCUGUGUCCUGGACAGAGCACACUCUCCACGUGAUCCCCCGGUUCUCCCAGCAGUCUUGACACAGAGCCAGAAUGAGUCUGUUUGGGACAACCUCAGGUUUCGGAACUGGCGGGACCAGCAUGUUUGGCAGCACGACCACAGACAAUCACAACCCUAUGAAGGACAUCGAAGUCACGUCGUCUCCCGAUGACAGCAUCGGGUGUCUGUCCUUCAGCCCGCCAACCUUGCCGGGAAACUUUCUCAUCGCCGGAUCGUGGGCUAACGAUGUUCGCUGCUGGGAGGUGCAGGACAACGGGCAGACCAUUCCCAAAGCCCAGCAAAUGCACACCGGGCCCGUCCUCGACGUCUGCUGGAGUGAUGAUGGAAGCAAAGUAUUUACAGCAUCGUGUGACAAAACCGCCAAAAUGUGGGACCUCAACAGUAACCAAGCAAUACAGAUUGCCCAGCAUGACGCGCCUGUGAAAACCAUACACUGGAUCAAAGCCCCGAACUACAGCUGUGUGAUGACCGGCAGCUGGGAUAAGACGUUGAAGUUUUGGGAUACCCGGUCGUCAAAUCCUAUGAUGGUCUUGCAGCUCCCCGAGAGGUGUUACUGUGCUGACGUGAUAUAUCCGAUGGCCGUAGUGGCGACAGCGGAGAGGGGCCUGAUCGUCUACCAGCUGGAGAACCAGCCGUCCGAGUUCAGGAGGAUAGAGUCUCCGCUGAAGCACCAGCACCGGUGUGUGGCUAUUUUUAAAGACAAACAGAACAAGCCGACUGGCUUUGCCCUGGGCAGUAUCGAGGGGAGAGUCGCGAUCCACUACAUCAACCCCCCAAACCCCGCCAAAGAUAACUUCACCUUUAAAUGCCAUCGAUCCAAUGGGACCAAUACCUCCGCUCCCCAGGACAUCUACGCGGUGAACGGAAUCUCCUUCCACCCCGUUCACGGCACGCUGGCCACCGUGGGCUCUGACGGCCGGUUCAGCUUCUGGGACAAAGAUGCGCGCACGAAGCUCAAAACCUCGGAGCAGCUGGACCAGCCGAUUUCUGCAUGCUGCUUCAACCACAACGGCAACAUAUUCGCCUACGCCUCCAGCUACGACUGGUCCAAGGGACAUGAAUUUUAUAAUCCUCAGAAGAAAAAUUACAUUUUCCUGCGUAACGCUGCUGAGGAGCUAAAGCCCAGGAAUAAGAAGUAGCAGCCUGCCCGCGGGCGUGACCGGAGUGCGCCUCUCCGAGAGGCUCCGUCUCUGUUGGACUUCUGGGCCCAGCCGUAGGCAGCCGUCAGCCGUGGACAGGAGGAAAUGGUGUUGUCACUGUCCGCAGUCAGCUGCUGGUCCUCGGCCACCUGCCAUCUCCUCGGUCCACUGCCUGCUGCAGUGGCUGCAGCUCGGAGGGGACGGAAGUGACUGCGGAGUGGACAUGUGGCGGGCGGUGCCUCGCUUGCGGCUCUGGGCCCCGCGCUGCAUUUUGUAAUAAAGUAUUUUGAAGGCUG